AUGUCUAGAAAUUCUGUUAAAAGAGUUGUAAAUGCAAGUAUGUUGGCCAGUUAUACCAUAUAUUUUUUUGCAAAUUGAAUACUAAUUGAUUGUUAGUUCAAAAAUUUUAUCCAACAAGUUUAGCUGAUAAAACAUGGGAUAAUACUGGGUUACUAGUUGAUUCAAGUUUUGAAGAUUCAUCAACAAUAUCAAAGACUAUAAAAAUUUUAUUAACAAUUGACUUAACUCAAUCAGUUGCUGAAGAAGCAGUUAAUAAAAAUGUCAAUUUCAUUUUGGCUUACCAUCCUUUCAUAUUCAGAGGUUUAAAAUCGAUAACUCCAAAAGAUCCACAACAAAAAUCAUUAAUCAAGUUAAUUCAAAAUCGAAUUAGUGUUUAUUCUCCACAUACUGCUGUUGAUAGUGCUUUUGGAGGUGUUAAUGAUUUCUUAGUUGAAGGUAUAACACAAAACUAUCAAAUAGAAUCAUCAGAACCAAUUGAAAAGAAUGAUCAAGAUCCAAAUUGUGGGAUGGGUAGAUUGGUUAAAUUGAAAACACCAGCUAAAUUAACUGAUUUAGUGAAAAACGUGAAAAAGGGUUUAAAUAUAGACCAUGUACAAGUUGCAGAAUCAAGAAAUGGAAUAGAUCAAGGUAUCAAUACAAUUGCAAUCUGUGCUGGAUCUGGUGGUGGUGUUUUCAAAGGUAUUGAAGCUGAUUUAUAUUAUACUGGUGAAUUAUCACAUCAUGAAGCAUUAUAUUUUAAAGAAGUUGGUUCAUCAGUUAUAUGUUGUAAUCAUUCAAAUACAGAAAGAGCAUUUUUAAAAGUUAUACAAGAACAAUUACAAAAAGAAUUGUCAAAAGAUGAAGUAAUAAUUAGUGAAUUUGAUGAAGAUCCAUUUGCAACUUGGUAG